AUGGGUUUCACAACUAAUGAACCAAGAUAUAAUGUAUUUGCACGUGAUCUAUUGGACAUAUCAGCAACUGGAACGAAUGACUAUUUAUCAUCUCCAAUAAGUGUGUUCUUGCUUUUAACAACACUUCUCGGUUCAGGAGGACCCAAGGGUAAUACAAAAGUUCAGAUUGCUGAAGCCUUAGGACUUGAUGAUGUCAAAGAAGAUCAAAAAUUUGCUUCACGAAUUUUCGCUUUACUAUAUCAUAAUUUGACAGACGAAAAAAUAGAAGGAAAACAAAUUGUUUCAAUAGGAAAUGGAAUGUUUUUGCAGAAUAAAACCAAUAUAAAACUGAAUUUCUUGACCAGGAUGAGUAAUAUAUUCUACAAUGAUGUAUUAAACGUAGAUUUUACCAAAGUGGAAGAUGCUAGAAAAAAUAUUAAUGAAUGGGUUAGUAACAAAACAUGCCGAUUGAUUCCCACUGUUUUGGAGAAACCACUACCAGCGACUACUGUUCUUGCUUUAAUCAAUACCUUACACUUUAAAGGAAAAUGGAAAAAACCGUUUUCCAACUAUUCGACUACAGAAGGUAAAUUUAAGCCCAACAAUCAAUCCAUAAUAAAAAUACCGAUGAUGCACAUUACCGACAGCAUUGAUUAUGGUACAUUCCCAAAAUACAAAAUUCAUAUGAUUAGUAAAUCAUUCAUGAAUUCACGAUUUUCGUUUGUUGUGAUAUUGCCAACUGAACCGGGAAAACUCAAAUAUGUCGAUAAAGUGUUACGUGGUGACAUCAAACUGCCUCAUUUAGUGAGUAGACUUGAAAGUAAACAAGUUGCUUUAUCUUUACCGAGAUUUCGAUUGGAUUUCUCAAUUGAUCUUAUUGAAACGUUGAAAAACAUGUAUAUCACUGAUUUGUUUGACUCUAAUGAAGCAAAUCUUGGAGGAAUUACGAAUGCCAAAAUACAUGUACAAGUUCUUCAACAAAGUGUUGCUUUAAAAGUAAAUGAAGAUGGUGUGGAAGCAGCAGCUGCUACAGUAAUGGGUAUUGGUUUCAGAAGCGCUAGACCUCCCCCUAGUGUUCGUUUUGACGUUAAUGAAUCAUUUGUUUGUUAUGUUUAUGAUAAAAUACUGAAAACUAGUUUGUUUGCCGGUUGCUGUUACCAUUUAACAUUUCUGUACACACGUUAUUCUUCACGUUCCCUCAGCGCACAACGUACUCUCAGGGUAGGAGCAAACCGCCACGUGUUUGUAUCUCAUAAAAAGAUAUACUUCUGGAGCUAUUUUAACGAUCCGACUGAGUUGAACAUUAUACAUUCAAUGGCUGAAUCGUUAGCUCAAGCUGGAUUAUAUAUUGACGAUUUUUAUAAACUUCGAAUAGUUGAUCCUAGAGUCGCACAAGAAACAAACGAACUUAAGGAAGAAUGUGAAAAGUAUCUUUCAAAAAUGAACGACUUUAAGGUGAUUAUUGGAGAACUUUUCAACCUGAUCAGCUCUGUAGCUGAAAAAGUUGAAUCACAAAAGCUAAAAGCGAUUGGUUCAAGAAACCUACUUACCUCUAUGGAAAAGCAAAGAGACUUACAACAAAAACACUUGGAAUCCCAGAUAUUGGCCAAAAAGAAAGAUAUAGAUAGAUUGAAUGUUCAGUUACAAUCAUUACAAAAAGAAGAAGCUGAACAAACAGAGUUUAUUGAACGUUUUCUUAUGGGUCGUUAA